CUCCGGGUGUUGGGUGUCAGCCCAUAGCAGCACUCCCUGGGAAGCUGCUCUGCUUCAGCCGUCACAGCAGGGAGGGAGGAACUGUUUCCAUCCCUUGGUGGAGACCUGGAAUCCAGCACCAGUUUGGAAGUGGGUACCUGUGGCCUGUCCAACAGCCAGAGCCCUGUUGUGCUGGUUUUAUGAUCCUUCAGAGUGACCUUUGCGAGGACGUGGAACUUUUGAUUGCAACUCAGCAAGUGUGUUCCCCGGCUGUUCCUGGUGGUUUCAGGGCUGGGAAGUCCUCGGUUUUCCUUAGGCAGAGUUGUGAGCGUGGAAGCCAAGUUUGUGAGGAGAGGCUGUGUCCAGGUGCCUCCCCUUUGAGUCACCCUGGGGGAGUGUUAGGGGGCUGUGGGACACUGAACAGUGCUGCUGCCUCAAAGCUGUCCGUAGAUUUGCCAUGGUGCAAGUGUCCACAGCCACUGAUUCCUUUUGGAAUCCAAGAUUCAGCAUUUGUUCCUCUGAGGGUCACAGUUUGAUCAAUGAAUGUAGGUGUCUACAUUGUGUGUCCUGCUUGUUCUCAGUGGCAAAGUCCAAGGCAACUGUACAAAAAAAAGAGCGGGUAACUGGAAUUUACUGGGUCAUUUUUCUUUGUGAAGGAGCUGAUGUGUUUCAGCCUGAUCUUUGAAGUGCUCCAAUUGCACCCAGAGGGCAAGAAUGUGUCAUGAAGUUUCAAAGCUUUGGAGGAUGCUGGGGGGGAGCAGGGGGUGGAAGUGAUACUUUGUGCUUUUUGAUUUAUGUUUAUGGGCUCAGGUUUCUUAUGACUUUAAUCUGGAAGAAUCCCAUAAUGUGAUGGGCUGGUUACAGCUUUCCAGAGGAGUGCAGUGCAGCCAGUAAGGCAAAGCAGUUGGAAAAGGCCUCAGUGGUGGCACAGGAAUCGAGGAAUGAAGGAGAGGAGGAGCUGUGAUUGCCUUGGGUCUAGCAGGGCUCCAGAGAGGAGGAUCAGAGGUGAGACAAACGUUCCUCUGGCUCCCUUGGGAGAACAGAGGCUGAAUCUCUCCAUAUCCCAGGCUUUGCUGCUGACCUGCCAUGUCUUAGAAGCUUUUUAGAUGAGUUGCAAGCCCCUCUAUCGACCAGAUUGGCAGCAGCGGGGCCUGAGCCAGCCCACAGGGCCCUGUGGGGUCUUGGCAGCCAUUUGGUCUCUCUGUCAAGCAAGGCUGAGGAGCACCAGUGAGCACCAGUUGUGGUGUGAGUGGUGUAAGUGACUAUUCUCAGCUUUUAAAGCCUGAUAAUUCUUAUCAACAUGGGGUGACCAUUUCCUCUCAAGGAACUGCAGCAGAACUGAGAUUUUUGCCUUGGAGAAGUAGGGUGUUGUUGGUUUGGGGGCUUGGUUGGGGUUUUAUUCUUUUUCCUUAACCAAAUCCCCAAUUUAACAAUGUGAUGGUGUCUGAGUGGGCCUGUUCUUUGAGGGAGGAUGUGGAAAAGCACAAGCUGUGAAAGGCACAGCACGAAGCUGCAGCGUUAGGGCCAACUUUUAAAGCACCUUUUGAUUCUGGUCUUUGUGUGGAGGAGCUCUGGACGUGCCUGUUCCUGCCAGCCUGGCUGCCCAGCAGUGACUGUGCAGCUGCUGAGCCCAGACACGGCAAUUUGGGUUGGAGGGGUCAGAACUACUGAGCCCUGGUCUGCAAAACAGAAAUGGUGUAGUAGGUGGGUGCUUCCAGGUUACCAAAAAUGGAAGUAAAGCUUCAAAUGUAGCUUUUUGUGUCAUGGAACAGUAUUGAACAUUGGCCUCUGUCCUUCCUUUUAACUUCAUUUUCUUGGGGGGAGGGGAAAAAUGAGAUGCUUUGUUCCACCAGAGCAAUCACUUUUGAUCCAGUUAUGGGCACAUCUGAAAGUUACUGCUUCAGGUUUUGACAUGAAGUAUGACAAAAAAAAUCUUCUAUCCCAAGGAGUCAUUAUCCGUUAGGAAAAGCACCAUAUGACAUGAUUUCCCAUUCUGAACCCCGUUUGCUCAAAGGCAUGGCCACGUUCAAGCAGCUGUUGAAUGUGCUCUCACAGCCCUGUGGUUGGUGGAAGCGCUGGUAAAAGCAGCAGCAAUUAAAAAUAUCAGUUUUAUUUUUAUUGAUGACAGCUCAAUACAAUUUUGGUCUCAGGAAAGUUUGUAUGACUUACAGGAGAAACUUCUGAACAAUACAAAGACUGUUCCCCAGAACCCAACACCCACCAGAUGGAGGUGCCACGUUCUGUCAGUAAGGCUGAACUUCUGUUCUGGUUUUAUGUCCUUCUAGCACUGACUGCACAUCUUGGCAUACGAUCCUGGCCUUUGAGAGGCCUCCCAAAGAGUGUAAGAAAUGUCCUGCUGGGUCAGAGCAUCAGUUCUGUCUUCAGCAGCUGUGGAAAUCAUGGAAUCCUCGAAUGGUUUGGGUUGGAAGGACCUUACCCUAACCUGAGGAGUGACCAUUGGGCUCCACCCUCUGCUUCCUGUCUGGUGACUGACUUGAGAGGUGUCUAUCUCAGGGAUCUGGGGUAGCUCAGCAUUCUGAGGCCUGUGUUUUACAAGUCAGACCAGAUGCUCAUAGUCCUCAUCACCAUGAGAUAUGGGUAGUCACAGAAUAGUUAAUUAGAGUUGGAAGGGACCUCUGGAGACCAUCUAGUGUAACUCCCUGCCAAGGCAGGGUCACCUAGAGCAGGUAACCGUGUUCUUAAAGCCCUGUUAAUGCAGCUCACAAGCUCUUUUGGGUGGUAUUUCCACCACAGAUACCAGGGAAGCCAGUGUGACUGUCACCAGGCUGUCUCUGGGAUUUGAGAUGUUCCCUUGCUGGUCGCUGUGGGCCACUAAGAACCAGUUCACAGAACGUGUGGGCAACACCUUGGUCCUGCAGAAGGACAAGGUAGACAGCCUGCCCCAACUGGGCUGGAUAUACUGGCCCUGUGACCUCCCCCAGAGGAGCCCUGGAUGUGUGAGAGCUUGGGAUAUGGACAAGGAGGUGGGGGUAGCCCCCAAAGCCACCCCCUGCUCUUGGCACCCGUGUGCCUUCCCCUUGUCCCGUGGAGCUGGGCUGUGGGAGCUUUUCUCAGAGUAUUUCCCUGGGGAUGUGCCAAUACUCUCAAGGAUGUGUAACCCUUCUCAUCCUCACUGUGGUGUUGUAAGAGGAACAGAAGCUCUUAUGCCAUAAAUACCCAGGCUGUGAGAUAAGGAAGUUCACGUCACCCAGGGGCUGUUCCAGCCGGAGCAGGAUAACCCAUGCCUGUCUUUCCCGCUGGCAAACACUCCUGCUGUGGAUGAUUUUGCUGCUCCAGUGGUUUCCUUGGGGGUGAAUAACCUUGGAGAGGGCUUCAAUGGAGAGAGGAAGGAGGGGGGAAAGAAGAACCAGCAGAUGUAGGACACACUGAGCGUCACGGGCUGGCGGUUGCGUAAGGCAAAGGAAACUCUUGCUGGUGUCUUGGCAGGGAGACACUGUGGGACUCUGCAGCUGCCAGUCGUGGCACGUGUCACCUGCAGGACCUACUGCCGUGCCCGUGGCUCACCUGGAGAGCAGCCAGAGCACACAGCCCAGCAGUGCCCUGGUGCCUGCAAAGGUGGGGUUCCUGCACUGGGAACUGGCUCUCGACAGGACCAGGCAGGUUAUGUGAUGUUUGUGAGGUUGGGAUACUCUACUGUCCCUUCUCCUUGUGCCAUGUCCCCCCUUCAAAGCCUUGGCCUUUGUGCUUGGUUGUAAGGAUCUUCUGGGAAUAACUGUGUGUGCUCUGGGGGCGGAGAGAAGGCAGAUGCCACCAGACCCCUCUUCAGCAUGGCCAGUGGUUCUCUGCCCACGGCAGGGAUUGGAACUGGGUGACCUUUAAGGUCUCUUCCAACCCAGACCAUUCCAGGAUUCUAUGAUUAGCCAGGCCACUGGUCCCAGAGGUGAUUCUUCUCCCUGCUUUGAGGUGCAGUGGCAGGGUUGGCAGCAGUGUGAUCCAUGGCUGAUCCCACUGGAUCUCCACUCAGCAGUAGGAAGAGCGCUGCUUCCCCCAGCUGCCUCUGCAGCUACUGGUGGUUGGGUUUCUCCUUGCUUGGAUUACUACAGAAGGAUUUUAAGGCUUUUCUUCUCGCUGAGUCUCAAAAGCCUGAGUUGAUCCCCAUGGUGUGCAAAUGCUGAAACUCAUCCCUUCCCCUCCCUCGCAUCUGCUUACGAUCAGCCGUGGGAUUUACUGGAUAGCUGGUCCCCACUGCUUCCUUUUCCAGGGUAGAUUUUUUCCCCUCUUUGUUUACUCUAAAAAACACUGAAGUUGCAUGGUAAAAAAAAAAAAAGUAUUAGAAAAAUUAACUCUGGGCAAGGAGAAUCUGGGUCACAGGCUGGGAUCCCCAGGAGGGACACGCAUCCUCCAGGCCUGGAGCACAGGACAGUGUAGCAGGCAGGGUUCAGAUGCCAGGCAAAGGUGUAGAAAUCUGGCAGAGAUUUUUGCAAGUGCUGUAGGAAUCUGAUAUUAAUAUUGACAGGAUCAGCUCUUUUCUGCCUCCUUUUAACUUGCUUGAUACCAGUUGGAAAAGGCCUUUCUCAGUACCUCUGGGAAGAUGGGAGGAGCUGUGCUCUGGAGAGGUGUCUGCUCUGCUGAAAUGCUCCUGCCUUUGGUGGGUGCAGAGAUUUGGGCUGAAAUCAGAUAUUCCUGUGGCUGCUGGUGUUCUUCAGCCUGGCUGAUAUUCCACUCAGCAUUUUUCCCAUUGCUCAUGUUCCUCUGCUCUCUGUUCAGAGCAGACAGAGCAGGUCCCUGCUGCUACUUGCAGGUAGGUUGCUCAGCCAAGCUGCAGAGCACAGGUCGUGCUUAUGGACAGUGAGUGGAAAAUCCCCGUUCUCUUCCUCACUUCGGAUUUAUCCAAGCUCUGUUGCAUCUGUUUGAGUGUGAUUUUGGGGCAGGGUGAGACUGGAGAUGCUUCCUUAGUGCCUCUCCAGGACACUUUUCCAUGGCCUGUGGGUUAUCCCUGGGAAGUUCCCAGGCAGGUGCUGUAGGGGUCAUUGUAGUGGCUCAGGUGCCUGCAGUCACUGUUGGUUGCACGUCUGAUCCAAUGUUUAAGGAUAUUCCAGAACUCCUCAAGCUGUUGGUUGUCCCCAUUUUUGGUUUUCCCUGUCUCCGAGUGCUUUCCCAUCACUCCAUCUGUUACAUCUGAAGGUGAUACAUACCCUGAAAAUGAGAAUGAAGCUUCUGUAGGAGUCUCCAGACAGCCCACAAUCCACCAUUAGGAUGGGCUUCCUCCCUUUCCAUCUGGGAAUGAUUGUUUGCCCUAAAACCCAAUAGGAAUAUUUUAUAUGCGAGGUUCCCUUAAUGCUGACACGAAUGGUGAGGUGGGAGCAUAUCCCUGCUCUUGGCUUUGAGCAGUGCAGGAUAAAGGGUCACUGGGUAGAUGUUGCUGAGGUUCUCUGAAGAAGGAAUCAUGGAUUCAUAUCCCUGAAAAGUGAGUCCCUCUAUUUCUACCUUAGUGGAAAUGACCAGAGCUUAGCUGCAUUGUUACACAUAGGGAGCCUAUGGAGAGGGGAAAUUCAGGGAUACAUGCAGGCGAUGAUUAAGGAUGAGAUAAUGCAGCCUUGAGACAUGAGACCCCAGGAAAUGUGGCAGUUUAUGCCAUCACUCGUGGAAGUACUUGGCUUUGCUUUAUUUAUAAGCACUACAUCAUCUGGAGACCCCAGCUGGACACCUUUUUGACUCUUUGAUCUUCAGGCUUUGUAGUCCAGAAAUGCUGUGCAGAAGAGGGGAAUUUUUGCUGGGAGGAAGCUCCAGGGCUUGGUCCAAGGCUGCUGGAGGGUGAGAGGCUGGGUGGGGUUCAGACCUCAUGGGGCCACAGCCAGUGUUACCCAAAAAAUUUGCCUGCCCUCUCCCACCACCCACCCUCCCAGUUCCCUCUAAUCUCUGUGCCCUAAGGAACACUGACAGGAAUAAAAGGAUCUGAUGGCCACAGCCAAACUUCUGGCUUGCUGGAGCCCAGCUUUAAACUCGGCAGGUCUCCCUGAUGCAGCAGCACAACACUGCUUCAGUCCUGCUGGUUUUGAGACAGCUCCAGCAACUCUGCUCAGCAUCUCCUGAGGGAUCUGGCAUUUGCAAAGAGCCAGGACAGUGCUGUCACAUGUGUGGAAAACAUUAUCCAGAUCCCUGGUUUUAAGAUGGUUUUGGGUUUGGCUUCGGAGUUUCUGUUUGUUUGGUUUUUCAUUGGAAUUUUUGUGGAGAUUUUUUUUUUGUUGUUUUAGACUGUAGCUUUUUCUGAGAAUUUAGUCCUGAGUAGCAAUUCCCUGGAUUCUGCUGCUGCUGUUUCUGGCUGCCUGACAGCUGUUGGAUCCAGAGCUGCAGGGAGCACCAGGAAGUGCUGUGUCAGGCCCUGAGCAGAGCCUUGGUCAAGGACAGCUCGAGUGUCACCUUUGCAGUGUUUAAAAUGCAGGUGCAGGGUGUGCCCAGCCCCGUGUGCAGGCAGCCUUGUGCCAGGGCUCUCCAGGGAGGUGGGAAUCCCUGGACAAGUCCCCAGUCACAGCUACAUGGUGGGACCCUGUCUCUCUUUGAGCCUCAGUUUCCCUUUCUGUAAAGUGGAGAAAUCACGGUGGUGGUUCUGUAAGGAGCUUGGAGAUUUAGGACUUGUCACCUCCAAACCAGGGAAAACCAACUGCUGGAAACCCCUGAGAGAUUUCACCUCCCAGCAGCUGGCAGUGGGAGCAGCAGGAGUGUGGAAGCCUGGCUGGAGCAGAGCCAUCUCACAGGACCAGGAGCUCUGCGUUGGGGACACCUGUGGGGUGUUCCUUACAAGACUCUUGUCCUGCAGAAAGGGAUUUUUGUUGUCUCAGUAAACCCUUUUUGGCCUGUCUGUCCUCACUGGAGGUGUGUGUCUGUUUAGCCCCUGGACUGCUGCUGGCAGUGAAAAUACCAAGACUUACCUUGGACAGAAAGGGGUCUCUUAGUCAGGAUUCUUCUGGAGCAGUUUAUUCCCAGAGCACAGAGCCCCUUGGGCAGGCUGGGACAGCCUGGGAGUGCAAGCAGAACCUGCUGGCUGCAGGGAUGGAGCCUGGGAGGAGAGCUCAGUGCCCAGCUGAGCCCUUGGCUUCUCUCAGGGAAAGUCCUGCUUGAGCCAGAAGUGCCUCCAUGUGAUGGCAGAGAAGGUGCAGCUCCUUCCUAAGGGUACCUGGCUCCAAAGGAGACUGAGAGCAUCUUGUCAGAUCCGCUGGGAUAACAGCAUGAUUGUGCCCUGAAGCACCAUCGAGUUCCAGCUGAGGUUAAAGAAAGCAAACUCCAGGUGUUUAUGCAGGUUAUUGUUGUGGAAUUCUUGACUUUGCAAACUUGAGCUUAGUGAAAAUCUGUGUAAACAGUGGAAAAAGAGAAAUGAGCCCCUUUUUAAAAGAUAAUAUUUUUAGAAAAUGCUGAACUCUCAUCCAGGAAUGAUUCAAAGGAAUCUGACUUUGUCCUUGCCUCUUCCUCCUGAAAAUCCAGGUUUAAGUGAGUUUAGGUAAACACUUGGACUUAGUGCUGCAGGAGAGUGUUCUCUGAGCCCAGGAAAAUACAUACAAUGAACCUAAUUCCCUUUCUGUCUCCCUUCUUCCCCAGAGCAAGCUUCCCAUGACUAACAGAUGCUGGCCUAGAUUAUGAGCUCAAACAAGAACGCUCGCUACAAUCGAUUCUCCAGUGGCACAACAAACAUCACUCCUUCAGAAAACACUAACGGGACGAGAAUGGAAACAACUUUUGGACCAGCCUACUCUGCUGUGACCACCAUCACAAAGCCUGACGGGACCAACACUUUUAAGCAGCACCGCCGGACCCCGUCCUCCUCCAGCACACUCACCUAUUCCCCACGGGAUGAGGACGAUGGCAUGCCCCCGAUCAGCACCCCACGCCGCUCUGACUCGGCCAUCUCCGUCCGUUCAUUGCACUCCGAGUCCAACAUGUCCUUGCGCUCGACGUUCUCACUCCAUGAGGAAGAGGAGGAGCCAGAGCCCCUGGUGUUUGCUGAGCAGCCCUCUGUGAAGCUGUGCUGCCAGCUGUGCUGCAGUGUGUUUAAGGAUCCAGUCAUCACAACCUGUGGGCACACGUUUUGUAGAAGAUGUGCCUUAACAUCUGAGAAGUGCCCCGUGGACAAUGCCAAACUGACCGUGGUGGUGAACAACAUCGCGGUGGCCGAGCAGAUCGGGGAGCUCUUCAUCCACUGCAAGUACGGGUGCCGAGCCGCGGCCAGCAGCAAGCCCACCGCCUUCGAGGUGGACCCCCGAGGGUGCCCCUUCACCAUCAAGCUGAGUGCCAGGAAGGACCAUGAGAGCAGCUGUGAUUACCGGCCCGUGCGCUGCCCCAACAACCCCAGCUGCCCUCCUCUGCUCAAAAUGAACCUGGAGGCACACCUCAAGGAGUGCGAGCACAUCAAGUGUCCCCACUCCAAGUACGGGUGUACAUUCAUAGGAAACCAAGACACUUAUGAGACCCACCUGGAGACGUGCAAGUUCGAGGGUCUGAAGGAGUUCCUGCAGCAGACAGACGAUCGCUUCCAUGAGAUGCAGGUGGCAAUGGCCCAGAAGGACCAGGAGAUCGCCUUCCUGCGCUCCAUGCUGGGGAAGCUCUCUGAGAAAAUCGACCAGCUGGAGAAGAACCUGGAGCUGAAGUUUGAUGUUCUGGACGAGAACCAGAGCAAGCUGAGCGAGGACCUGAUGGAAUUCCGCAGGGACGCCUCCAUGCUGAAUGAUGAGCUCUCCCACAUCAAUGCUCGGCUCAACAUGGGCAUCCUUGGAUCCUAUGAUCCUCAGCAGAUCUUCAAGUGCAAGGGGACCUUUGUGGGCCACCAGGGCCCUGUGUGGUGUUUGUGUGUGUACUCCAUAGGAGACUUGCUCUUCAGUGGCUCCUCAGACAAAACCAUUAAGGUGUGGGAUACCUGUACCACAUACAAGUGCCAAAAGACCUUGGAGGGUCAUGAUGGAAUUGUACUGGCUCUCUGCAUCCAGGGGAACAAGCUGUACAGUGGCUCUGCUGACUGCACCAUCAUUGUCUGGGAUAUUCAAAACCUGCAGAAGGUGAACACGAUCCGAGCACACGACAAUCCUGUUUGCACUUUGGUCUCCUCACACAACAUGCUCUUCAGUGGCUCCCUCAAAGCCAUCAAGGUCUGGGAUAUUGUAGGUACUGAGCUCAAGCUGAAGAAGGAGCUGACAGGUCUCAAUCACUGGGUGCGAGCACUGGUGGCUUCCCAGAACUAUCUCUACAGCGGAUCCUACCAGACCAUCAAGAUCUGGGACAUCCGCAACCUGGAGUGUGUCCACGUGCUGCAGACGUCCGGGGGCAGCGUGUACUCCAUCGCCGUGACCAACCACCACAUCGUGUGCGGCACCUACGAGAACCUCAUCCACGUCUGGGAUAUAGAAACAAAGGAACAGGUCCGCACGCUGACAGGGCACGUGGGGACGGUCUAUGCCCUCGCUGUCAUCUCCACACCAGAUCAAACCAAAGUCUUCAGCGCGUCCUACGACCGGUCGCUCAGGGUGUGGAGCAUGGACAACAUGAUCUGCACCCAGACGCUGCUGCGGCACCAGGGCAGCGUCACCGCCCUCGCCGUGUCCCGCGGCCGCCUCUUCUCCGGCGCUGUGGACAGCACUGUAAAGGUCUGGACGUGCUAGUGAGAGCUUCACACUAGUUCUGCACACUGAAAGACCAAAAACUCUCCCCUCCAUCGGCCUGUGGGUGACCACAUCCUCCGAAAUGACUGCUGCAGCUCCUCCUGCACCAACCACUGCCUGCUGCUGCCCCUGGGCCGGCCCCCCCCGCAGGGAUCCCGGCUGGCGGCUCUCCCGAUGGGUCUGCCCCAUGGAUGCUCCAGAUGUUCCCCCAGAUCUGCCCUAGAUGAUUGGAAAAGCAGAGGAAGCAUAUCCAGUGCCUUCCUCUGCCUGUGUCCCCCCAGCUGGGGACAUCCCUGGGGCCGGGGCUGGGGUGACUCUGUGCCCCAGGGCUCCAGGCCGGGCGAGCACAGCCCUUGGCCAGUGAUGGGACUGGAUGGAUCAGCGUGUCCCAGUGGUGACACUGGGAGGCUGCUCCCCUGGCCAUGGUAGGACUGAGCAUUAGGCCCUGCCCUGGGUGGGCACCCGACCCCUUUCUGUCUCUAGUAUUUAAUUUUACUGCCAAGGCGCCGGGGCCGAUCCAUCCGGGAAGAGGUAUUUCCUUGAGUAGCCAGGUACGAUUUUUAUGCCACAGCUAGUUCUCAAAUCAAGUUCCACAAGCCCAUUGUUCACCACCCUGUAAUUAUGGUCUCCACAUUAAAGACAAAAAGCCUCCGUUGCAUUUUUACUCACAUUUUCUACUGUUUUUAAGAUUGUAAUAUAGAUUUGAUUAUUUCUUCAUUGACAAUAAAAGCAGAAAGAGUU